UAAGCGACUGAAGGGAGUCUGUCUGUGUAUGUCCACAUGCCGAGGUGACGGAGGAGCUUCCCGGGGCGCCACCAUCAGUGCCAUCACCUGCUCACCUCAGCAACCGCGCCCCGGCCGGCCACAGCACCGGUGAUUGACGUGCACUCGAGCAAACGUUUUGAAGCGCAGUCCCAGCAGUUCCACAGCCCGAAACAUGUCGAGUCGCGUGAUGGACAGCCCACCCCCCUACCAGCCGGGCAGCGAGUACGGCCGUGGUUCAGUCUAUGCCCCGAGUAAGGACAUGUACGAUGGAGACCUGCGAUCACAACCGGCAGGUUCCUACUAUCCAGAUGAAACGCAGCAUUUCUACAAGUGGUCUUCUCCUCCUGGAAUUAUCAAAAUCCUAGCAGUGCUCAUUGUUGUGAUGAGCAUCGGCAUCUUUGCUUGUGUGGCAUCCACUCUCCCCUGGGACAUGGACUACUACGGAGGAGGGAUGGGUGUCGGAAACGGCAUGGGAUAUGGGGGUUAUGGAGGUUAUGGGGGAGUUGGCACUGGCUAUGGAUCUGGUACAGGCUACGGAUACGGAGGUGGAGUCGGGGCAUAUGGAUACGGAGGCGGCUACACUGAUCCGCGGGCGGCGAAAGGUUUCAUGAUUGCAUUAGCAGCCGUCUCCUUCAUAGCACUGCUCGUUGUCUUCAUUAUCCUCGUUUCUAGGGCCAGUCUUUCAAGAACAAGGAAGUUUUAUUUAAUUCUGAUCAUUUCGUGUGCAGUCGUCGGCUUCAUAAUGUUUGUGGCGACGAUUGUCUACAUCAUGGGAGUCAAUCCCACUGCGCAGGCUGCCGGAUCAGUAUUCUACAAUCAGUUGCUGACGCUCUGUAAUCAGUUCUACAUCCCAUCCACUACCGGAGUCUUCACUAACCAGUAUCUCUACCACUACUGCGUUGUCGAACCACAGGAGGCCCUUGCAAUCGUCAUGGGAUUCAUGAUUGUAAUAGCUUUGGGUCUGAUCAUCUUUUUUGCAUAUAAAACACGAAGCAAGAUUUCACGAUACGGUAAAGACAACAUCCUGUGGGAUAAGAUUCCCAUGGAAAAUGAGGUGGUUCCAGAUGUCGAGGAGUGGGUGAACAAUGUGUCUGGGGUUCCAGAGGAACUAAUGACAGACGGUUAUUAUAAACCCAAUGGUUCCCUGAAUGAAACAGAGUAUGAGCCCAAUCGAGUACAGCCUGACGGGGCUCCUCGUGUUCUGGAAAGUUCAAUUCCAUUAAUGCAUGAGCAGCCCCCUGUACAUUCAUCCAGCUGGGGCUCCGAUGAAAGCAAGCCGGCCACACAGAGAAAACCACCGAGGAAGAGGAGACCUGGAAGAGCAAAACGACCAGACACUGAUGAGUAUGAAACAGAUUAUACAACUGGUGCAGAAUCCUGCGAUGAACUGGAUGAAGAUGAUUUGGAGAGUCGGUACCCUCCAAUCACUUCAGACCAACAGAGGCAGGAGUAUAAGAGGGAAUUUGACAGUGAUCUGCAACAAUACAAGCGUCUCCAAGGUGAUCUGGAUGAAAUAAAUAAACAGUUCUCCCAGCUGGGCAAGCAGAUUGACGAGAGAGAGGACAGUGAGCAGUACGAGGAUAUUGCUGUUGAAUAUAACAGACUAAAAGAAGUUAAGAAUUCUGCAGAAUAUCGAGAGAAGAAGAAACAUUGCAAGCAACUCAAGACAAAAUUGGCUCAUAUCAAACAGAUGGUCAGUAACUAUGACAACCAGAGGUCCUGAAUGCCAAAUCAUCUGCUCCUCACAGGACAGUAAAGCGAAUGAUUGUUACCACAGUGGGCCAUAUAUGGCAUUUCAUGUGAAAUGUAAAGCCAAGACUCUGCCAGGGAGCAUUCUAUGGUUUCACUCCCUUCAUAGUGCCUUGACAAGAUUUGAAAUUGUAUUUUUCUGCCUUUUAUCGAGUUUUGAUUUUACAAAUUUGUCAUUUGUAUUCUGUUGGAUGAAAAAUAUAUGCAAUGUUUCACAGACAAACAGUACAAAACUUUGAAUUUAACAAACAAGAGCCCUGGGUUUUAUGGUUCUUCAAUUCUUCGCAUUGCUGAAAGCCUGUCAGCUUUAAUAGAGCAGGUUAUUUGCAGGAAAAGUGAUUUUGUUUUGUGUUGUACCGUUAUUUCUUCCAUUGUUGUGAGGGAUUUACUCAAAUUACUUUGAACAUUUACAAACCAGCUUUUAGUGAUACAAAGCCAAUUAAUAGCAUUAAUACUGUUUAUAUAUUAAAAAAAGCUUUCUACAAAUUGAAGUUGUAAAAAGGUAACAUUAUGUAUUAUAAACUGUUUUUAAUAGUUACAGAUGGAUCAGACAAUCGUUCUGUAAUGUAUUGAUCAUUCUGUGUUGAUCAAUCCAAUACACAGGUUGGGUCAGACAACCAUUCUGUGGAUCAAUAAAUGUUGAAGCAGGGUAAUAAUCUGACAUAAUUUUUUAUCAUUUAAUCUAUUCAAUUAUUAUUAGAACUGUUUGAUUAAUGCUUGAUCAAUAACCAGGGAGGAUGUGUUUGCCAUGUCGAUGAGGGGGGCACAGACACAGUGCAACGUUUAUUCUGAUGGUGGAAUAUUACGCCCACUUGCUUUGCACAUUACAUGCAGGGUAUGACACUGUAAACAGAUGCAGCUGAAAUCAUUUUUAAAUUACAGACAAAUGCAGUUUUUUUAUUGAAAUUAAACUUUAUAUUUUAAAGGUCCCUGAUACUAGCAUGUACUGUUACAUUUUUGAAUGUAACCACCUGCUUUUUUUUACAUACAAAUUGCAACA